GCCCCCCCCCCCAGUCUGGGGCUCCGGGUAAAGUUUCAGCCUCCGCACGUGACUCGCCAUGGCCGCUGCGUUCGCCCAGCGCCCCUGAGCCGCGGCCCCCCGGACGGCUGCUCUCCGGGGACCCCGCACCUCUGACGCCGGGCGGCACCGAGGCGCAGGGUCCGGCAAUCGCCGCGCCCGCGGGCUCUGGACGGAGCGCGUCCCCGCUGCGAGCAUCACAGGACAUGACCCCCCCAGCCGCCUAGCUGGGACCCAGCUGGGAGAGGCAUCCUUCUCCGCAUCCUGAAGGCCAGCUCUGGACCUCUCCGGGGAAGCUGCCAGCUCACAGAACUACUUGACCAAACCACCGGUUUGGGGGAAACCCCCAAUUUACCUGCCCCCCCCCACUAGUGUGGGGGGCUCCAGGGUUCUGAGAUUAGCCUUCUGGCUUUGGGAAGCAGCUCCAGGACAGAAGGGGGGGUUGGGUCAACACCCAAACCCCCUCUGGGCCCAGGCCCCAUGCCCGGAGAAGGGGCGGCCUGAAGCCGGCAGGAGUCCCCCCCUCCAAGAUAGCCUGCCUACUCUGCUGACUGUGGCUACCUGGCAUGGCAAGCAACAGCAGUUCCUGCCCGACGGCUGGGGGAGGGCACCUCAGUGGGUACCCAGUGCCCCCCUACGCCUUCUUCUUCCCCCCUAUGCUGGGUGGACUGUCUCCGCCAGGUGCUUUGACUUCUCUCCAGCACCAGCUUCCAGUCAGUGGCUACAGCACGCCCUCCCCAGCCACUAUUGAGACCCAGAGCAGCAGUUCAGAGGAGAUCGUGCCCAGCCCCCCCUCGCCACCCCCUCUCCCCCGUAUCUACAAGCCCUGCUUUGUCUGUCAGGACAAGUCCUCAGGCUACCACUAUGGGGUCAGUGCCUGUGAGGGCUGCAAGGGCUUCUUCCGACGCAGCAUCCAGAAGAACAUGGUGUACACGUGUCACCGGGACAAGAAUUGCAUCAUCAACAAGGUGACCCGAAACCGCUGCCAGUAUUGCCGGCUGCAGAAGUGCUUCGAAGUGGGCAUGUCCAAGGAGUCUGUGAGGAACGACCGGAACAAGAAGAAGAAGGAGGUUCCCAAGCCCGAGUGCUCUGAGAGUUACACACUGACGCCCGAGGUGGGGGAGCUCAUCGAGAAGGUGCGCAAAGCGCACCAGGAGACCUUCCCUGCCCUCUGCCAGCUGGGCAAAUACACUACGAACAACAGCUCAGAACAACGUGUCUCUCUGGACAUUGACCUCUGGGACAAGUUCAGUGAACUCUCCACCAAGUGUAUCAUUAAGACUGUGGAGUUCGCCAAGCAGCUGCCCGGCUUCACCACCCUCACCAUUGCUGACCAGAUCACCCUCCUCAAGGCUGCCUGCCUGGACAUUCUGAUCCUGCGGAUCUGCACGCGGUACACGCCCGAGCAGGACACGAUGACCUUCUCGGACGGACUGACCUUGAACCGGACCCAGAUGCACAACGCAGGCUUUGGGCCCCUCACAGACCUGGUCUUCGCUUUCGCCAACCAGCUGCUGCCCUUGGAGAUGGAUGAUGCAGAGACCGGGCUGCUUAGCGCCAUCUGCCUCAUCUGUGGAGACCGGCAGGACCUGGAGCAGCCAGACAGAGUGGACAUGCUGCAGGAGCCAUUGCUGGAGGCGCUGAAGGUCUAUGUGCGGAAACGGAGGCCCAGCCGACCCCACAUGUUCCCCAAGAUGCUCAUGAAGAUCACGGACCUUCGAAGCAUCAGUGCUAAGGGAGCAGAGCGGGUAAUCACAUUGAAAAUGGAGAUCCCGGGCUCCAUGCCACCUCUCAUCCAGGAAAUGCUGGAGAACUCAGAGGGCCUGGACACUCUGAGCGGACAGUCGGGGGGUGGGGGGCGGGAUGGGGGCGGCAUGGCCCCCCCACCUGGCAGCUGCAGUCCCAGCCUCAGCCCCAGCUCUAACAGAAGCAGCCCAGCCACCCACUCCCCGUGACUGCUGUGGCCUGUGGACUCUGCCCUUGCCCCAAGCACUGGCUUUUCUCUGCCUUUAUACCAACCAUGCCACCCCUACCAGCCCUGCCCCCACCUACUCUUCCCCCUCCUGGGGGUUGGAAGGGAGGAGGCAGCGAUCUGGACGGAGGCCUGGCCUGCGGUGGACUGCUUGCUCCUUAGCCUGGGCUGACGUCAUGCCGGCGGCCAUGAGUGGAGUGAGGACCCCUGGUCCUGCGCCUUGGGAUGGGGCCUGGGGGCCUCGUGUUCAUCAAGACACCCCUCUGCCCGCCUCGCCACACCUUCAUCACCAGCAAACGCCAGGACCUGGCUCCCCCAUCCUCAGAACUUGCAAGCCAUUGCCCCCUGGUUGGGGACCCCCCCUGCCUUGGUUGGUGACAGAGGGGGUUGGGCCAGGGGUGGGGUGGGGGGGCUCCCCCUGUACAUACCCUGCCAUACCAACUCCCAGGUAUUCUCGCUGGUUUUGUUUUUAUUUUAAUUUUUUUUGUUUUGAAUUUUUUUAAAAAUAAGAAUUUUCAUUUAAAGCACAUUUAUACUGAAGGAAUCUGUGCUGUGUAUGGGGGGGGGAGCUGGAUCCAGAGCUGGAGGGGGGAUGGACCCCCUGGGAGGGAGGGGAGUAGCUCAGAAGGGGCUUCCCCUCUCUCAAUGUCCUUCUUCCCCCUUAGCCCUCCUCCCCAGCCUUUUCCUCCUCAGUUUUCUCUUUAAAACUGUGAAGUACUAACUUUUUGAGGCCUGCCCUCUCCUCUGUGCUGGGAAGCAGCCAGUCCCCUCUUCUCCAUCUGCCUAACCACUGGGUGUGGACAGUUUCAGGCAGUCUCCAGAAGGACAGGGCCCUUGGUGGGAGAGAUGGGGCAGGGGCAAAGCCAGGGGACCCUCAGACCAUGAGUGUGUUUCUCAGCCAGUGUCCUUGCUAGAGCUCCCCCUUCCCCAGUCGGGCCCAUAUCAUCCAAGCUUUCCAGCCCCCAAUUGUGAAUGGGCUGCCCAAGGGGUCCAAGCUGCCCCCACCCCUAGCCUCACAGCCACCAGCACCCGCCCACAGGGCCCCCAGACACACACACACACACACACACACACACACACACACACACACACACACACAGGCCAAUAAAUGCACUUGGCCUGAGUUCCUCCAUUUCUUUGGCCUACCCCUCCACUCCCUCCCCACACAACAGAACCCCCUCCUUGCCCCGCAGGACGGGCCUUCAGGGGGUCCCUUCUUCACACCCCUUGCACCCCCGGGUUGGGGAAGCUGGCUCUGCCUUCCUUGUUCCGGGGUUGGGGUCUCAUCUCCCCAGAGCCCGCUGGUGCACCUGUUACUGUUGGACUUUCCACUGAGAUCUACUGGAUAAAGAAUAAAGUUAUAUUUAUUCUA